CCUCUUUUAGUUUCCUCUUGUUCCUUUAUUUGCGUUUUCAUUUUUCCAUUUUUUCAUUUUCCUUUCUUUUGCUCUCAUUUUCUUUCUUCCCUUCUUUCUUUUUCCUUUCUUUCUCUAUCAUUUCUUUUCCUCAUUCUCUGUUGAUAAAAUAUGACUUGGAGGCGAGAGGGACUAUUUGCUUCUCAGUCAAGUGUUGAAAUCAAGUUUAACUUUUGCACUUGAUUAAUAUGCCCUAAAUGAUUUUCAAAUUUGAGCAUCAGCGUUCUGAAGGAUAUAUAUUAUUAGAGUAAGGCAUAUAUGUAUGUAGGUAAUGAACAAUCAGCAUUCUAUCUGUGAUCAGUGCUUUGCAUCGUGAUAAUGUUCUUUGGAAACCUGUUUUCUUUGUGUCGCUAAAGGAGCCAGUUCUACGGUAACAAUUCGUCUCAAUCGUACCUGCGGUGGUCUUGCCUAACGAAAUUUUGAAAUUUUAUAAGAUGGCGCCAUUGCGACUUAAUAAUAUUUUCAUCUUAAUCGACUGCUUACCUUGAUUCGAAUGUUUGUUUAAAUUCCAGUUUUUUAAUAAGAAUUUUUUUUGUUUUCGAAAGGCAAAACCAACCACUUGAGAUCCUUUCUUUUUGGCGAGCAAUGAGUGCAGAUUGAAUUAUCAAACAUGGUUAACCGAGAAUAAAUAUUAUUGUUUGAUAUCUUGGAGGACAUAAAUUAAGAAGUUAUUUGAUUUUUUGAAAAAGAGUAUUUCUACCUAAAACCUGUUAUCAUUCUUGAGCUAUAUAGAACGUCAUAGGUUGGCUUGAUAGUUUUGUCAUAAGUUAUUGAAAUGAUGGUGCCAGCCUUGUUCGCCUACAUAGUAACAUCAAAAAAUGUGGUAAAAUUAUUUAAGGCUGUUGAUUACCGAAACUGAAAGAUCCUGACCAAAGUAUUCUACCGGCAUCCUUAUGAGUUCUAGUACUGAGCAAAUAUGAAAUAUAGCAUACCGAAAAUCAGGCUAUAACCAGGAUGAAAAGGCAAUGUUCAGUUUACGUUCACAAUGAUUUUAUAUCCGCUCUGGACUCUUUUUUGUAGGUUCUUCAUUCUAUCAAAAACAGAUUGGCUCUCAAGGAGAAAAUCGUAUCUGAUUUCAUCAAUCGCCUAUCGAGAAAUUAUCUUUCUGAAUAUAUGCCUCAAUUGUCCUCUCACUAGGUGAAUUCUUAUUUUUCAAUGUCUUGAGCAUUGACAUGAAACAAUGGUUAUUUUUUGCAUGUAUCUAUAAAGUGCGUUAGCGAACAGUAACUUGUCAAACCUUGAAACAUCCCUCCAGAUCUAAUUCUAGGCUCUAUUUGUUUGUAACGAGAGAUAGUCGUUGCAUAUCAACACAUUAAUGUAAUUCUCCUGGUUCACCAAGCAAUCUCCCUAGAUAUUAUUGUAAAAGGACUUUUCUAUUCUUUGAAUAUUAAAUUGCUAAGAUUUGAUGUUUGAGUAAAACUUCAAUACCGAAAUGAUGCACAAAAUGGAUUUAAAAAGUUUACAUAUUGAUUUCCGACACUAUUGAAUCAUCCUGGAAUUUGAAACUUUGGUGAAUAAAAUGGCUGUGUAAGGUUUUCAGGUAACGGGCUAAAACGCAAAUAGAGAAGUUGACUGAGGAAUCUUCAUAUGAGGAAAGAGCUUUGUGAUGUUUGUAGGUAUCCUAAGGAACAAAAAGAAGAAAGUAUGCCUGACAUAACGUGUCUGGAAAGAAGUGAUGCUCCCAUUAGUUACCAUGGAUUAGAAAGAAGGUAUUUUGCAAACAGUUAACAGACAGGCGCUAGUUCUAUGUAAGCAAGGAAUGUCAUAUCUUGGCUCAAUUAGUUGAGAACAAUCAUGAAGGUCAAUUCAAUUGAAGUUGCAUCAAUUCUUUUCAUAGGGCCGUUAAUAAUGUUGGAGGGGGGAUGUGCACCAACAUGUUCUUAUAAGAAAUAAAAAAAACGUGCUGAAUAUGUUCAAAUUGGUUUGGGCUUAGGAAUUUUGGUGUCCUUAUCAAAGAAAGAAAAUAUUCGCUUUACAAUGAUCCUCAAGUCGUUUAGAAUGAUUCCGCCCUAACACUUUAAUACAUUUUUUCCAUAGAUGGCCAAAUAAGACCCAAAUUUAAACCAGACAUUUAAGAUUAAUUUUCGGUACUUUCAGUUAAGUUCAGUUUUAUUUCAAAUUCAACUGUUUACAUAUAUAUGUUUCAAGUAUACAUUAAUUUACUUCAAUAAAUAUAUUAGAUGGAACCUGACAAAUCUCACAAUGGCCUAGCAAAAUUAAGCUUAACUUUCAUUUAAUACCGUUUCACUGUUGUUCCAAACUUAUCUUUCAGCAGCCCAGUGCUUGAUAUGUCUUAGAUACAUUGGUUUUGACUGAGAAAGAAAUGCUCGGCUCAAGAUCUAUUAUUAUAAGUUAAUAAAACGAAAUUUCGCCACUAAACAAUUAUUUGAUUCUUGGCACAUGCAUUGCGGUUCCUAGAGAAGUACGUGCUCAAUUAUUUCCCAACAAAGCUCUCUAAGCCCUGAACUGUUUCCCAACAACAGUGUCUUGCAUGUGAAUUAUCAGACAUUCUUAUUGCCCCCCUCCCUUAAAUAAAUUCUAUACAAACCAAUUUGUUUAACCACUACAGUGUUCCUCUCUGGUCCAGCUGAAGUGAUGACGUCAUAAAAAUUUAUUUUUAGAAUUUCUAAAUUUUGAUCCCAGAACCUGAAAGAGCAUCACGAAGUGCCUCUAAAUAUGCAAAAUCAGUUAAAGGCAUCACGAAUUGGCUGAGAUAUGGCCACUUGAGCACAGGCUCUUGUCCCAUCAAACCUCUGUAGUUUGGUCUUGGUUCAUAAUUUUAAGAACCAGGCCAGAAUAACAGUAAUCUGUUAGCAAACUUGAAAUCUUUCAUUGGCCAUAUGUCGCCCAAUUUGGAACAUAUCUAGCUAAUUUUGCACACUGAGGGGUAUUUUAUGUCAUUCUUUCAGAUUAUGCGGCCAAAUUUAAGAAAUUCUAAAAAUAGAUUUUUGAUGACAUCACACUUCGGUACUCUAUAAAUGCAUAUGCGACCUACUCCUUAUAAUCACCCUGACAAUUGCUAAUGACAUUUAUUGCCAACUUGAGCAGGGCGGGAUCCACGCUAGAGCGAGGACAAUCAAUUUGUAUUCGGUACGGCAACGUCAAUAAAACUCAGCAAAAUAGAUCAGUGUAGUGUUAUGUUCUGGAAUUUUACUUCCAAAAUGCGUACUGUUAACAAAUACGAGAUGGGAAAAACUGACGAGGUAUAAGAGAUAACAAAUGUGACCACGGAGAACAAAUUGAUAUAAAUAGAGAAAAAAGACAAAAAGCCCCUUUGAAAAAGAUGAAAUGUUAUGUAAAGGCAUCUUGCGGCGAAAUAGACUUGACUGAAAAUCGAGGUGAAAUGUUUUUGCAAAGUAAUGCCAUUUUGGCCACGCCUCUUCUUACGCCGCGAGAUUUUGCGCCGUGAGAUUUUGCGCCACCAGAUUUUGCGCCGCCAGAUUUUGCGCCAUCAGAUUUUGCGCCGCCAGAUUUUGCGCCGCCCUUCUCUGUCCCGCCACGCUGCCAAACCUCUAAAUUGGGUUCGUUGAUUGGAUGCUUUUUAUUGGGUCCACUACACAGCUAGAUAGAUAGUGUCAUAUUCAGAUCGCACUGUCCAGUUAGGAAACUGGCUUUGAUGAUAAGGGGAAAGGUUUCUUUACAUGAAAUGCUGCCAACUUCUGCUUUAUAGCUCUUUGUGCUGAUAUGAUUCACUUGAGCUUUGUGAAUAACCUGCUCUGUCUUCAAACCCCCUUGCUGUCCUUUGUAAGCAAAGAAAGAACCAUUGGAUUCAAUAGAAAUCGUCAACAAUAAAGCUGCUAGCAAGGGGAAUACGUUGUCAGCCGCGACUUGCGAUCAAGAGGGCUGUUCGCAAUGUUUGUCUUCAGUUUAUGACGAAAAUUACAGAAGAAGCAGUUAAGUAUGGACUUUUGCCGACCACAAAUGGCGAACGUUUGCUGGAUAUUAACCGGGAUUUGGCUAAUAAUUCUGAGCCCAUGCAAUGUGGAUGGCAGUUCCUGUGUUCCUCAAUACAAUCGAUUCACCGAAUUCAAUAAAAUGGUCAAGGUUUACAAAAUGGUAGAAUUCUACCACCCAGAAACCAGGCACUACUCAAAAGUGGUCGUCGAUGAAGCUAACAAAAACCUCAUAGUUGGGGCAAGGAACUACCUGUUUGUUAUUGAUGCAGAAACAUUCAUUUCAAAGAAAAAUAUUUCAUGGCGAAUGUCUAGCAGCAUGCAGAGCUGUCUCAACAAAGGCCGCAUCAAGACUGAUUGUCAAAAUUACGUACAGUUAAUCAUCCCCUUUGAAGAUAAACUUUUCAUUUGUGGGACGAAUUCAUUAGAGCCAGUUUAUAACAUCACAAAGCUGGAUGACCCCAGUGUAGUCUUAGAGGGAAACCAAAAUGGCAGAAGCAGAUGCUCACCGAAAGUUGACUUGGAACCAGUCGGUGCAAUAUCAAGGAAUGGAGAGCUUAUGGCUGCAACAUACAAGGACCGUAAUGCCAGGCAAGCAGUCAUAAGUGGAUCCUAUUUACUUCAAGAGUCGAGGUGGGAAAUGUUAUCGACCAGAAUGGAUAUGAAUGACCCACAGUUUACUGCAAGCAUUGCAGUAGACCCCAAUGUAUUCAUAUUCUUCAAUGAGAUUUCAAGUGAACGGAGUAAUAAACGACAUGCAACAGUUGCUAGAAUCUGUCAGAAUGAUAAUGGCGGAUCACAGUAUAUUCUUGAGAAUCAAUGGACAACAUUUCGAAAGACACGCUUGGAUUGCAAAGUACCAGGAUACGAAGAUAUGCAAUUUGACAUCGUUGAUAAAGUCGUUUAUUCUGAGCAAUCAGGGACGUUUUAUGCAGCAUUCAGAACGUCUAGUCUCAGUUUCAAGGGAUCUGCAAUUUGCACCUUCAAAUUGGCGGAUUUCAAGAAAGUCUUUAAUGGAGAUUUCCUAUAUAAAGGUGCCGACUCAGUCACAAAAAGAGUACCUAAUCCGCAUCAUUUCACCGAGUGCAAAAUCAACCCAAAGAGUCUUCGCCGAUAUUCGAUGAAAGAUUACAACGAAACUGUUCGUCCUGGAAAGGAGCCCACGAAUUUUAUGACCUCUUCGGCAUUGACUGAUUCCUACCGCUACAAGAUCAUGUAUGACCCAAUGAUAGCAGUGUCAGAUUUGAUAUUUCAUAGACAAAUGGAAAGAUUUACAGCUAUUGCUGUUGAUAAUGUCAAGAAAGAUAACAAUGCAAACAGUGUAUUGGCAUAUAUUGGCACAGAUCGUGGCACAGUACUUGUUCUUCACAUCUUGGCGUCAAAGAAGCUUACUUGUCUGCUGAAUGAGUUGGUACUUUUUCAAAAAGGCAAAGAGGAAAUCAUUCGAAAGCUGGUGCUUUGGAAAGACAAGCAACGUCUUUAUGCAAGUACAGACACCCGUAUACUGCAGCUUAAACUUGAAAACUGCUCUCUUUACCCCGAUCAAAGCUCUUGUGUUGAAGCUCGUCAUCCAUAUUGUGGUUGGAGUAAAACAACUGGAAAAUGCAUAUCAACUAGGAAUGUAACAUCAGUUGCGGAUAUUAUUCAAGAUUUUUCGAAGUGUCCGGAGAAAAAAGGUUAUUGGUCGGCGUGGUCUCAAUGGCAUACGUGCCUCGACUCUGGCAAUGGCAGAAACUGCCGAUGCAGGAAAAGGCAAUGUAGGACAUGCAAGGAAGGCGACUGCCAAGGAAGUGCAAUAGACAUUGAAAAUUGCUCAGCGGUGAAAAUAAAAAACGAGACAUCUUGGAUCACGACCGGCCCAACUGACGGGGGCUGGUCCCAAUGGACCACAUGGUCGGUCUGCGAUCAUGACUCUUGCGGCUCAGGAUUCCAGACUAGAGGCCGCUCCUGUAACAACCCGUAUCCUCAAAAUGGGGGUCUGCCUUGCAUUGGGGAUUCUCGAGAAUGUCGCAAGUGCCAAGUUAAAUCAAAAGCAUCAUCGUGUAUACACAAAACCGUCGUUGGUGCAUGGAGCAGUUGCAUUUGCUUUGUUGAAGAUGGUAGAGAUGUCUCGUUUGGUGUUCAGUUUCGUGUUAAGACCUGCUUCAGUAGUUGCAAAAAUAAAAAAGGUUGUCCUUCAGAUCGGAUUCAAAACCGAACAUGUACCUGUCACAACAUAGCGAAACCAACUACAAAGCCAAGUCCCAUAAACACAGCUGGAGCCCAAGCCGGUGGAACAAGUAGCAACACAGUGAAAAGAGGAUUCACAGUAUCUGAUUUGAUAGUAGCUGUUGUUGUUUCUAGCAUUCUGUGUAUUGUUUUAUGUGUUGUUAUUGUGAUUUGGAUGAUGAAGAAGAGACAUCGAAGGAAGUCAAGGAGGCAGCGGGAGUCCUUCAAUGGUCAGGACUUUACAUUACAUCCUGUAAGACAUAAUGGUGACAUUCCAAUUUCUAAUAUUGAAGAUGAAAAGAGACCACUUAGUAGUAGUAGUGAAAGUUCGUUUGAAAACGGCAAACACAUUCCAGCUGAAAGUUUAGAAAGUCCGGUUGCAACUUUGACAAUGCAAAAAACGAGAAGACAUCCGAAGUCGGGCAAGUUAAAAAUGUUUGGAGAGGACAAGGACUACGACAACGGAAUAGCGUCUUUUUGAUCGCGAUUGUCUCCUAGAAAUUGUACAAGGAGCGUUAUCAUCUUCCUUGUGUAUCACGUGAGCGUCAUUUUAGUGGUCCAGCGCAGAGCGGCUCUGCUCGGAGUUGGUUAACAAAUUUCGGCUGAAAUUGGUCAAGUCAAUUUUGCGGAAGAAUACAACACAGUGAUUGCGUGUUUUUGAUUGCGAUCGCCUGUUACAAUUUCCACAAGGGUAUCCACGUGUUUUGUGUUUAUCAUAUGAGUGAAACAUAAAAGUCACGACGUAAAGCGGGCUGGCUGGAAAUUGCUUCAAAAUUUGUCCAUUUAGCCAAGCUAGUUAAUGCUUUGCAAAUGACUUCAAUUGCGCUAUGUUUGCAGCUCUGCUCACUGUAAAGGCACUGUCUCAUGUCAUGCAUUUCUUGUGAAGAAGAGCAUGCAAUGAUGUUUACAGGUCAUAUGAUGUUGCAGAAUACCAAAGCAAGGGUGCAUCCGUAGUAAGCAAUACCUUUACCAUUGAUUCCAAACUCGUGUAUUACAUCUACAAUGUAACUAGAGAUGCUGAGGCAACAGAAGAGCUGCUUAAAAUUCCCAAUUCCUUUUAAUCGAAAGGUAAACAUGUUCUACUUUUCAAAGAGCAAAGCCAAUAUUUACUUAGUUAUCAAACUAGAAUGUUAGCGCUAGGUUUUCACACUGCUUGGAAGCAAAUUAAAUGUUUAUAACAGACGGAACUAAUUUUAUAGUUAGAGGAUUGAGUUAAAGGAUUUUAUAUUGUACUUACAGAAUUUUUCGACUAUGUAUUUAUUAAUGACAGUAGAUAUUUUUACUAGAGUAGCUUAGGAAAUACAAUAAGCUUGGGAGCUUAGGAAGUACUUGGACAGUGGCGAUUUGGUUUCAAUAGAACUUUGAGUUUUAGCUUUUGCCAGAUCACUGUUUUCCUUGGAGCCAAGAAACUUAGAUCAAAAUUGCCUAAAUUUGUCUUUAUUUUAUUGAAACUCGCACAUUUUUCCACAAUAAACAAGACACAAUACUUGCCAAGUAUAGUUGGAAGACCACAAUAUUCACGUUCAAAAGUUGACAACCCAGGAUUUAAUUGCAUCUUCAUGUCGUCAACUCUGUUGCUGCAUUCCCCCCUCUUAUCCCUCGUACCAGGCUGCCCCUUUCGAUCCGAUCCUAAAUUGUUACUAAGAAUAACGCAAUAUUGAUUGUAAGCAACAUUUUGAUGGGGGAGGGGGGAAGGGAAGACUUUUAAACACUUUGAAGAUUUGUGUAGGUGUUCCAAAAAUUUUGGCAAGGAUUCUAAGUAUCAUAUCAAUAUUGCGACUUAGAAUACGCACACUGUCGAACGCACCUCCCCCCCCCCCGUACUACAUCCCUAUAAAGUUAAAUGCAUCGUUUCUGUGAUUAUUACUCAAGGACCAGAACGUUGACUUCCAAAACAGAUGACAAAUGAGAAUGAUGUGGCGAUGGACAAUAUGAGGUUCUUUAUAAAAGUCCCUUCUAGAAAGUCCGUUCUCUGAUAAAGGCUUUUUCCUGCUGGUCAGAUUUUACUGCGAAAAAGCCUUUAUUCUUUUUACAGUCCAAAAAAAUUAUUCGCCACUUUGUGAACAAAUGAAACAUCUUAGGAAGAGAGCAACCUGUGGCAUUUAAGUAUUGAGAAACAUUAGCAUACUUGAUUUACCUAAUUUAAGAGGCUUCUUGAUCUGAUACAAAUCAACGGUUGAUUGUAAAAAUCAACAAAGACAUUAUCCAGGUAGAAAGCGCAUCGAUUUUCCCAACUAAGUAUGGUGCCGUGAUCUUUCUCAGGUUUAGAAAUUACACAGCCAAAGCGAUGUUAACUUUUUAAGGUGUUAAAUAGAAAAUGAUUUACAAAAAUAGAAUCAAUAGUUUUUACAAAGAAAAAUAAGUAGAUAUGCGAACGAUGGAUCCAGGUAUUCUUGGAAAACUCCAUAGUUGAACAUCUCGUUGCUUUAGGAAUUAUUUUCAGAUUUCAUAGUAACCAAAACAAUGUCUCGAUUAAUUAUCAAGGCAUCUUUUAAAAUAUGUAUAACUCCUUCUAUAGAAGGAUUUGUCAAAUUUAACUUAUUUCCAGUUAACAUUGAAUUUCGAGAAAUAUUGUACGUAAACCUAUAUCUUAUCAUGCGUAACCGAUGUUAUAUAUAAACUGUAAAUAACUUAAAAAAUAAUAAGUAAUUAUAGUUCAAGAGUUUAUAAUUUGUUUGUUCUGUUGGUUAAUCGUGUUGCAGUGAUUUCUUGCAAUCAAUAUUGGACAAUUUUUA